AUGGCUCCCUCGGCCACCGAUACAAUCUGGGAUCAUGAGUUUCAUACCUUGCGCCGACAGGCCCUUUUCCAGAAUCCCCCAAAAGAUCAUUCCGCCUACCCAGCUCUUCAACUGGCAGUGAACCCGCACAUUGAAUCCUUCAAUCGCAUUCUUGGCGACAAUGGGGAAAAGGGCCUUGCCGCGCAUGCAUUGGCUGAUAUCGGCGUCAAGACUUUCCUAGACGGCGACGAGAGGACUGGGCCAGAGGGGAAGAAUCGCCUCGAUAUUCGCAUCAAAGAUGUACACUUGCAAAAACCGCAAGUUCCCCCUUCAAACAAGACGGCGCGGAACCGGGAAAUCCUUCCAGCAGAAUGCAGGGAGCGACAUGCUACCUACAGGGGGAAGCUCUCCGCCACGUUUGAGUACAGCGUCAACGGCGGCGACCCAGUUGAGUUUGUUCGGGAGCUGGGCCAGGUCCCUGUCAUGGUCAAGUCGAAUCGAUGCUACCUGGAAAACAACUCUCCAGAGCAAUUGGUGCGGCGGAAAGAGGAGUCGGAAGAGCUGGGAGGUUACUUCAUUGUCAACGGCAUCGAGAAGAUCAUCAGGUUGCUGCAAGUGAACAAGCGAAACUUUCCCAUGGCCAUCAAUCGUCCCAGCUUCCAAAACCGUGGCGUCGGCUACACGCCGUAUGGUAUAAUUGUUCGAUCGGUUCGACCUGACGAGACUUCCCAGACGAACGCGCUGCAUUACCUCAAUGACGGGAACAUUACCUUUCGAUUUUCAUGGCGCAAGAACGAGUACUUGGUCCCGGUCAUGAUGGUUCUCAAGGCAUUGGUGGAGACCAACGAUCGGGAGAUUUUCGAAGCAUUGAUUGGGCCCAUGGGAUCAAAGGCGACGGAAAACACCUUCUGGACGGAUCGGAUCGAGCUGCUUCUGCGGACGUACAAGAGUUAUCGGCUCUACACAAAGUCGCAGACUCGGGCGUUUCUGGGGGGGAAGUUCAGGGUCGUCCUCGGUGUUCCCGACACCAUGUCAGACUACCACGUCGGCACAGAAUUUCUGAGGAGGAUUGUCCUCGUUCACCUGGGCAAUGCUGAUGUGACUGAAGAGCACGACCAUGACAAGUUCCGGAUGCUCUUGUUCAUGAUCCGCAAACUGUACGCUCUGGCCGCCGGCGAGUGUGCCGUCGACAAUCCCGAUGCUUUGCAAAACCAAGAAAUCCUGCUGGGCGGCUUCUUAUACGGCCAAAUCCUCAAGGAACGGCUCGACGAAUUCCUGGGCGUCAGCGUGCGGGCGUCCCUGCGAGACUUCCUUCGACGGCAUCCCACCACGCCUUUCACGUCCGAGGACUUCAGAAAGGAGUUCCCCGUCGCCAUUUUCAGAAAAGCAAACGAGAACCUCGGCAACGCGCUCGAGUACUUCCUCUCGACGGGAAACUUGCAAAGCCCGUCAGGCCUGGACCUGCAGCAAACAGCCGGCUUCACAGUCGUGGCGGAAAAGCUCAACUUUCUCCGCUUCAUCAGCCACUUCCGCAUGGUGCAUCGCGGCGCCUUCUUCGCCCAGCUCAAGACCACCGCCGUGCGAAAGCUUCUGCCCGAGUCUUGGGGAUUCAUGUGUCCCGUUCACACUCCCGACGGUUCCCCUUGCGGUCUGCUGAAUCACCUGGCCCACAAGUGCAAGAUCAUGACCGAGCCUGUCGACGCUUCCGGCGUUGCGGCCCUCGUCAGGGAGCUGGGCAUCGUCGACACCUCCACUGCCCUUACCGCCGAGAACGUCGUGGUGAUGCUGGACGGCAAGGUCCUGGGUUGGUGCACCCCCAAGGAGUCGCGGCGGAUAGGGGACUGCCUUCGGUACUGGAAAGUCGAGGGCACCCACGGCGUACCUCUGCAGCUCGAAAUCGGAUACGUGCCCCCGUCAGAGGGGGGCUCGUACCCCGGCGUCUACAUCGCAUCGACACCGGCGAGAAUGGUUCGGCCCGUCAAGUACUUGCCUCUGCAGAAGGAAGACUUCAUCGGACCGUACGAACAGCCGUACAUGUCCAUCGCCGUCGUCCCGCACGAGAUCGAGUCCGGUGUCUCCACCCACGUGGAGUUUGAGCCCACCAACAUGCUGUCCAUUCUGGCCAACAUGACGCCCUUCUCCGACUUCAAUCAGUCGCCCCGAAACAUGUACCAGUGCCAGAUGGGCAAGCAGACAAUGGGCACUCCGGGAGCAGCUACCCGCUACCGAACGGAUAACAAAUCAUACAGGCUGCAGACUGGCCAAACGCCCAUUGUCCGAGCGCCGCUUCACAACACAUACGGCUUCGACAACUUCCCCAACGGCAUGAACGCCGUCGUUGCCGUCAUCUCCUACACGGGCUACGACAUGGACGACGCCAUGAUCUUGAACAAGGCCGCUCACGAACGGGGCUUUGGGCACGGAACCAUCUACAAGACCAAGAAGAUCUCACUCAAGGACGACUCCAGGGUGCGUGCUACCAAGAGCGUCACCAAGGCAUUUGGCUUCGCCCCUCACAGCUUUGUCAGCGCCCAAUACCAGGGCAUGCUGGACGACGACGGCCUUCCGCACGUCGGACGUCUCAUCCAAGAAGGAGACGUCAUUUGCGCGUGGCACACCGUCACCCCGGACUACAACGGCAACCUCGUCAAUCUCGACGGCAUCACCCACUACGAGAAGUACAAGGACGCAGAGACCGGCUUCGUCGAAGAGGUUCGCCUCAUCGGGGCCGAAAGCGGCAACGAGCCCCUGCAGACCAUAUCUGUCAAAUUCCGCGUGCCGCGGUCCCCCGUCAUUGGAGACAAGUUCUCGUCGCGGCACGGACAAAAGGGCGUCGCUUCCCAAAAAUGGCCAGCGGUCGAUAUGCCCUUCUCCGAGAGCGGCAUCCAGCCGGAUGUAAUCAUCAACCCCCACGCCUUCCCGUCUCGGAUGACCAUUGGCAUGUUUGUCGAGUCUCUGGCCGGCAAAGCGGGAGCCCUCCACGGGCUGGCCCAAGACUCGACGCCCUUCAAGUUUGACGAGGACAAGACGGCGGCAGACUACUUUGGCCACCAGCUGAUGAAGGCCGGCUACAACUAUCACGGCAACGAGCCAAUGUACUCGGGCAUCACCGGCCAGGAGCUCGGCGCCGACAUUUACAUCGGAGUCGUAUACUAUCAGCGGCUUCGACACAUGGUCAACGACAAGUACCAAGUCCGAACCACCGGUCCCGUGGUCCCUACGACGGGUCAGCCCAUCAAGGGCCGCAAGCGCGGUGGCGGCAUCCGAGUCGGGGAAAUGGAGCGCGACGCCCUCAUCGCCCACGGUACCGCGUUCCUCCUGCAGGACCGGCUGCUCAACUGCUCCGACCAUUCCAAGUCAUGGAUCUGUCGUCGCUGCGGAUCCUUCCUGUCUGUCCAGCCGACCGUGUCCCAAUUCGCCCCGGGGAAGAGAAAGGCCCCGAGCAUGGUCCGCUGCCGCAACUGCGCCAUCAAGCUCGACGAGACCGAGGGCGUGGACCUGACGGAAGUCCAAGGCGAGAUCUGGGAGGACGGCCAGGGCAACUGCUGGGUCGGCGGCGACCAGACGACACAGGUGGUUGUCCCCGGGGCCCUCAGGUAUCUCGACGUUGAGCUCGCCGCCAUGGGGGUCAAGCUGAGGUACAGAAUAAGCAAGGCGGACGAGCCGAGGAAGGGACCCAUGCGGCCGACGGGCCCUCCAAAGGCAAUCCAGGCAAUCAAGGCUUAG